UAAAUAUUACACGGAUCUGUCAUAGGGCGCUGUGUGAGAGCUGCGCCAUGCGAGUGUUACAGAAUCUAUUCGGUUCUACAUUUGUUCUGUCCCUAUCCCUCUCUCUCCUGUGCUGCUCAUCUCGUCUGCUGGCAGCUCCUGAUUUUUCAGGUUACCUACAGAAGAUACUGAAGAACCACACGGUCCACGCCUGUGAUGGGGAGCGGCUCACCGUCACGUGUCCCUAUAAAACCUCUGUCACUGUCCUGUCUGCGUUUUACGGACGCCGGGUCCCGAGUGAGAAUCUCUGCCCGACUGUGAUGAACACUUCAGAGGAGCGCACGGACUGCCAGUCCUCUAUAGCCAUUACAAAAGUAUUUGAUGAAUGCCAGGAUCAGCGAACUUGCCAGUUGUCUGUCAACAGUCGUGUUUUCGGCCAUGACCCCUGCCCCAGCACCAGCAAGUACUUGAUCGUGUCCUACAAGUGCAGGCCAGGUGAGGCUGGGGCUGGGCACCGAGGGGUGACAGGUAUUGGGCUGGAGGGUUUAGAGUAGUUUUCCCUCAGGAUC